AUGCCUCCCCCUCCACCUCCCCCGGCGCCUGUUUCGGGGGCACCAGGUGGACCGCCGCCGCCGCCUCCACCCCCUGGACCGCCUGGAGGUGGUGCUCCUCCUCCUCCACCCCCACCGCCUGGUGGUGCUGCACCACCCUUGCCAAAACCCACCGGUGGGCACGACAAUCUGCUAGCAUCCAUCCGAGCUUCUGGUGGCCAUAAAGGUGGAGUCUUGCGCAAGGUCAAAGACAGCGAAAAGAAAGAUCGAAGUCAUGCCAUGGUACCCGGUGGUGCUAGCGAGUCUUCAGCUACAACUCCCAAUGCAGGAGGCGCCCCACAAGGUGGUUUGGCCGGCGCAUUGCAAGAUGCUCUCAACAAGCGAAAACAGAGAGUCAGCGGAAGUGAUGACGAGAAAGACAACGACGACGAUUGGUGA